AUGCCUGGCUGUGCCUGGAGGUUUCUGUCUGAGUCGUUCCCUGGUGAAAUAGUUUUUGCAGGGGAGCAGGGAUGCCAUGGAAAUCUGGGAGAAAAAAAAAUCUUUGGCCCUGUGCUUGGAAAACUGCUCUGUAUGAGGUCCUCUUUCUUGCUCUUUCUCCAGUUCCACAGCACUAGCAGGCUGAAACAUCAAACAUCUGAGCCUGCCAGUCUGUCCAGGCAGGAAGAAGAUACGAUGGACAGCAGGACUGGCUUUGAGCGGGAUAGAGACCGUGCCACUUCAGGGCAUGGCCAGGGGCUGAAACUGGAGCCCUGUUUCCAGACUAACUCUCUCCUGCCUUCCCCCAGUGCAUCCCUGAUUCCACAGCUCCUCAGCCACACAAUGGUUGGCAGGAACAUGGAUCCCACCGUUCUUUUCCCUUCCUCUCAGGCAGUGGCCCUGCCUCAUGACUACAAAUGUGGUGCAUGUCCUGGAGAAGAAGCACAAGCCCUGGCUUUCCCCAGGACCCGUGUCCCAGCUCCCCUGCCCUGUGCUGGUGGUGGGGAUGAGCUCUCCAACCAGCACCCACGGGAGCAGCUCUGUGACCAGCACCUACGAGCCAAGCGGGCCAGGGUGGAGAGCAUCAUCCAGGGCAUGAGCCUCCCACCAACCCCGCAGGCAUCUGACAUGAGCCUGGAGGCAGCUUUUGGGCAUGAGAGGGAAAGGGGUGGGGAAAUGCCCCAGGAGAGCAAGAGGAAGCCAAGAGUGCCCCAGCAGGGCAUGGGGGCAGCUGGAAGAGUGGCUCCCACAGGGGGCAGCUCCCAUGCCAAGGGCUGCCAGCAGCUGAAAGAGCAGCUCUGCUUCUUAGAGCAGCAGCUGAGGUGGCUUCAGGAGAAGUUCUACCAAGUCUGUGACUCUGAGGAUGCUGCCCAAACACAGGAAGAUUCAGAGAAAGUGCAGCCACUGCCUGGAAAGCCUGAAGACAGACUGAACAAGGACAGUGCCACUGCCACCAGCAACCCACGCCGAGUGCCUCUCAGGAGGAGUGUCCUGGAGGCGUGUGGGCUGGAGGAGGCUGAGGACAGAGGUGACACAGGUGGCCUGCCCUCGUCAGUGAGGGUACUCUCACAGGCACUGAAGCAUGAGCUGUCUGUGGUGACAUGCCAGGUAGUGGACUCUGUCCUGAAGACUCUCUGGCCAAAGGCAGACAGCCACAUCCAGAAGCAGCUCCACAGCCUUCCGAUGCUGGGGCCAGAUGCCAGGAGAGAGUAUUCUGCUGGUGGGAAAUGCAGAAAGCCACUUGCUAAGCCAUCUGCCAUGAAUGCACCAGGCUCCCUGGGCUCACCCCAGGCUGAGGCCCUGACAGGAGCUUUGGGGAAGAGCCUGGGUUCUUAUGCUGCCUCCUUCAGCUCAAAGGGGGUCAGAAAAUCCUCUCGGGUACCCAGCAUGGGUUAUUCCCUGGGCUCAGCCACGCCUGUCCAGCACAGCCAGCUGCUGAGCCAGCUGUUGGGCUAUGGCCAGCACAGCCCCUGGGGCAGCGACUCUUGUGAGAGCCCAUCUGCUCUGGAGAGGGGUUGUCCAGAGCCCCUCAAGCUGUCCUGGGGAUCUGUUAAACUGAGGUCAUCGAUUGCGAGACAGCAGCAGCACCAUCCCCUGCCCCUGAGCCCUGCCAGCAUGGAGAGCCUGGCACUGCUGCCAGCUGGCAGGGAUGGCCAUGGUGAGCUGCCAGCUGCAAAUGAUGGAACACCCUUUGCCUCGACCCACAUACAGGAGGCGCUGACCCCCGGGCACCUGAAGAAGGCCAAGCUGAUGUUUUUCUUCACCCGCUACCCCAGCUCCACUCUGCUGAAGACCUACUUCCUUGACGUGCAGUUCAGCCGCUGCAUCACCUCCCAGCUCAUCAAGUGGUUCAGCAACUUCCGUGAGUUUUACUACAUCCAGGUGGAGAAGUUUGCCCGGCAGGCCCUGCUGGAGGGUGUUGUGGAUGCUUGCACUCUCCAGGUCUCCCGGGACUCAGAGCUCUUCCGUGCCCUCAACAUGCACUACAACAAGGGGAAUGACUUUGAGGUGCCAGGGCGCUUCCUGGAGGUGGCCAGCCUGACACUGCAGGAGUUCUUCAGUGCCGUCAGGGCAGGCAAGGAUGCUGACCCCUCCUGGAAGAAACCCAUUUACAAAAUCAUUUCCAAACUGGACAGUGACAUCCCAGAAGGGUUCAAAGCUGCUGGCUGCUCCCAGGAACUGCUCCACAGCUGAGUCUCUGUGAAAGCAGCCCUGGGUUGUGUGUGCAGCCACCAUGUGCACCUCAUGGGCACUCUGUACAGUACCUGUUUUUUGGGGUAUUCUCUCUCUGAGAGCCAUGCACUCUCUGUAAGACAGCUCCUUAGGUGAGGCCUAUCACUUGCCUCAUGUGCUGGGAUUUUAUGCUGCAUUGCAUAUGCUGCAUUAUGCGCCUUUUAUUCUGCUGCUCAGAACUGGUGAGGACCACCAGAAGGGAGGGACAGAGAUGAAGCCAUCAGGUUGGAGCCUGAGAAGUUGCCCUGUCCCAGCUCUCCCUAUGAUCCUGACUGAGCUGCCUUCAUUCUCUCUUUCAGAGGGUCAAAUACCAGGGCAAACAGCCUUGCUGUUUAUAAAACAGGAAGAGGUCCUAGUAGUGGGCAAAGUUUCCUUGGCACAGCAGACUAGCGGAUGUACUGAGUCCAAAAGCAUGACUCAGAUUCUGUCCAGAUACAACACACCAGUGUCCAAAGAAAACAGCUGGUGAAUUCCAGCGCUUCAAGCACUCCAUGGGGAUAGCUGUUCCUGUCUGGGAUAUGUAAAAACUAUGUUUGUUGUAGCCAACAAGAAUAACAGUCUCCUCCACCUCCCCUGUGCUGUUAGACCAGACCCCCCCGUGCAGCUGUGUGCUGUGG